AUGUCGUUCUGUAUCGCUGUCCAAUCCGCAAUAUUCUACCUUGUUUCGUGUUCGCCAUGUGCUCAAGCCCAGCACCACCAGAGGUCCAAGACGAAGGCGAAAAAGGAGCGAGAAGAAAAGGCCCGCCUACAAGCCGAAUACCCGGGUUCAUACCAACACCCAGACCCUUUCAACACGAACCCGUACUGGGCGGAAGAAAUCAUGAUGGGACCGCAUAUUAAAGCCAAGAAAUACACGGGCGGAGCAGGAGCAGGAGGAGGCAGCAGCAAGAAUACCAGUGAGAGGGGCCUGAACAGCGCUGGGAAGGACACAAUAAGUGUAGCUGGGAGCAGCGUGGGGGUGAGCGGUGCGCCUCCAGAGACCAGCCCAGUUGCCGCUACGGAACACGGGAAAAUGAGCUUCUCGACCACCAUGUCAACGACAGUGUCCGACGACUGGAACCGCAAACUUUACCAGAGAGAGGACGAGGAGCUCUGGGGUCACGAGCUGUCCCAUGCAGGGCACAAGCUGAUGGACGCCAUUAAGCACGCAGGAACAUCAGCCGGCCGUCUCCUCGAAGCCAGUCUGAAGAUGGACGCGAAGCCAAUCACCGAUCAAGACAGGGAAAAGUUCUACUUCGCUCCGAAGAACCCUCCGGUCAACGACUAUCAUCCCCCGAUCGUCCGGCAACGGCCCACGCAUGCCGAUGCCCACAAAUGGAUGCUGCAGCCACCCCCAGCUGCGAAGGUUAUGGAAGGCAAAAUACCAGUCAGCAGAAGCGCUAGUUUCGCAAGUCAUAUGAGUAGGAGGACAACGAUGAGCGAUGGCCCCACACUGGGCCGAUUGGUACAUGAAAAGAACAUGGAAGCGAAGCUCAGGAGUGGCGAGUUGCCCUCCGAGUUAGAGUCAACGGAGAAGGCCUCGGGCAAGACCCCGGAUUACAACUGA